AGACGAUACGAUAAACGUGAGACUGUUAUAACGUAUGUAUAUGACAAAAAAUUUCAUACAUAAAAAGACGUUAAUUAAUCAUUUUGAAGUAUUUAAAAAUGAAAAACGCGAAAAUCAAUAUGUUCUUUACAUUUAAAUUGAUGUUAAUAAUUUUAUUAAAUAAAUCGUACGCGUAUAUCAUACAAGAUAUCCAAAUAAUAUUGCUGCCAGCAUUGAAUUUGAAAAGCACAGAAAAAGUACCGUUAACUCUUAAAGUCUUUGGAAAACAGAUUCAGUUAAACCUGCGUAAAAACGACCAAAUAGUAUCUACAUUUGAAAUAUGGAAACACGAUGUAACAGGCAUCACAAAAGAAUUGUCGGAAUUAAAUGCUUCGGAUACUUGUUAUUAUUUUCACAGAGAUCAUAUUAGCACUGCGGCCAUAAACUUUUGUCAAAAGCAUGGAUGGGAAGGAUUUAUUUUUCUGAAAAACGAAACAUUGGAAAUUAGACCUUUGCGAGAUGACAUUGCGUCUUCCUGCUUAAUCGACGAUGUUUGCGUUAAAGAAGAAAUUAACAUUUCAUUUGGUAAACCUUACCUAAUUAAAAAAUCAUUACAAUUAUCUGCUGAUUCAAGUUUUCAUAAUUUGGAUAAUUUUAAACUAAAACGACGUCAUGUACGAAAUACGCAAGAAAAAUUAAAUAUAGAACUGGCUGUUUUCUUCGACGAAGCCGCAUAUCGUACGUUCACGCUUUUUCUGGGCAAAGAUGAGAAUAUAUUGCGCAUGUUGAUAUUAGCAUAUGUGAAUCGUAUCCAAGCUCUGUUCCAUCAUCCUAGUUUGGGUGUUUCUAUUGAUAUUUCGUUGGUAUAUUUGGAAAUUAUGGAUAAACAACCAUCAAAUUUGCCAGUUUACGGCGGCGAUGAUGAAAAACUAUUCUAUUCGUUCUGCAAUUACACGGAAACUCGUAAUCCUCCGAACGACAAUGAUCCGAAUCACUGGGACGUUGGUCUUUAUCUAACCGGAAUAAAUCUUUAUGAAACCUUGCAAGGCGUAAUCCUAAAUAGUAGCCUAGGUAUAUCCGACAGAAAUAGUGUGUGCAACUUGACUGAAUCGUGUGUGGUAGUGGAAUUCGGUAUUGCGGGUAAAAUAUCCUCGGGUUUUUCAUCGUCUCUCAUUGCUGCUCAUGAGAUUGGUCAUGUUUUGGGAAUGAAACACGAUUCCGACUAUAUAAAACCAUGUGAUACAAACAAAUACAUAAUGUCAUCUCGCAUAUCCAAUCAAGGCCAACUAACAUGGUCCGAGUGCAGUCGUAAUAUAGCUGAAGGACUCUGGAAAACAAAAAAGUGCCUUCGAGAUGGUUCAAAAAAUCUUGAAAACGCAUAUGACCAUAAUACACAGUAUCAAAAUUUACCUGGAAGACAAUGGAGCGCCAAAGCACAAUGUGAAAUAUUUUUUCACGACGAAGAUGCGAACGUAGUCUCGUUGCUUGAUGUAUGCAAAACCAUACAAUGUGAAACGCUUCACGAUAAUUUGAAUUUCUUUACGGGACCGGCAUUGGAAGGAACUUAUUGCGCUCCCGGGAAGGAAUGUCGCGGCGGAGAAUGCGUUCCCGUUAUCGAACCGCCAUAUAUUUUUAAAGAUUGUGAAGAGGAUAAGUGGAGUGAAUGGAAAGAAAGCACCUGUCAAAGUAGUUGUUUCAAGAAAUCUAAAGGCGUAAGAAUCAGACGACGAUCUUGCAAACAUAGAAGUCGCAGAACGGCAAGCUGCAAAGGGCCAUAUUACGACGUGGUUCUGUGCAAUGACACUUUACUCUGUACUCAGAAACGCAAGAGGAUCAACUUAUUUACUACAACAAAAUGCACGCAAUUGAACUCUUAUGCAAAAUUGAACAAUAUAAAUUUAAGGAUUAAAUUAAAAAUUGAGCCAAAAUGGCAGGCUGCUCAUGAUGUCGAGAAACCGUGGAUAGCCUGUAUCAUACACUGCCCAGAAAUAGAAUUUUCUACUGGUGACGUACACUUGGAAAUGAUCAGAAUCGGUGUCGAUCCAUACUUUCCAGAUGGAACGUGGUGUCACAAGAAAGAUGGCCAGAAUUUUUAUUGUCGCCAACAUUAUUGUGUGCCGGAAAGCUACAGCUGUUGUUAAGAAAUCAUCAACAUCUGUGCACGAGUAUCAUGGAAAAAAAAAUUAUGAUACGCGCAAAAAUUAAUUUAGUUGUUCAAAUCGUUUGGUACCGAAUAAUCGAUCGAUCAUUGUUAACAUCUGUUUUUCGUUUCAUUCAUACCUUGCUUAAGAAAAGCAAAUAGACGAAGAACUUUCUCGUAUUAUCAGCAUCUGAAACCAAUUCCGUUAGUCAACAAUAAUAAAAGCGUGAAAAAAACAAAAAAUAUAAUAGGUAAUAAUUAAUAUUCGCAAAACAAGAAAAUAAAUAACUAAAUAAAAUAGAGAUACUUUUACUCCCUACGAGACAAUAUGUCGAGAAAUAGUGAACGAGAACGACAACGUCACUCGCUAUGUUGUAUAUUUUAAUUGUCUACCAAUGUUUCAUUAAUAACUUAUGUAGAAACAAAUAAUAAGCA